GACAUUCUGUAUGGAAUUCAAACACAUCUGAUGAGAUCGCGCAUAACGGUUCGGGAAUACUUUCAACGGUUCUGAGAAGACACCUCAAAACUCUAGAUUAGCUGUUGGAAGAAGGCGUAGUGAUCAAUUUACCAUGGAAUUCGAAGAGGCUCUGCUUACCAUCCCUAUCAACCCUAACAAUUUCCCCGCGAAGCUGUGGCGUUUAGUCAACAGUCCCAAAAAUCGUUCUAUUCGAUGGGAUUCUUGUGGGGAAGGUGUGAUGAUCGAUCAGCAGCACUUUGAAGCAGAAUUGCUGUCACCAGUGAAACCCAAUGGAGAGUCAUCGGACCUUUUUAAAACAACAAACUUUACCAGUUUCAUUCGUCAAUUGAACCUUUACGGAUUCAGAAAGGUGGUGCUCGCGCCAGGCAAUUCUGAGAGGUCUGGGGAAAGAGACCUUACUCUAAUGGAUGGAAUUCAACACCACUUCCAUAAUCCGAAUUUUAAAAAGGAUCACCCAGAAUUAUUAGUGAAUCUUAAAAGGUUAACCAGCAUGAAUAAAGCAAAACUUGAAGCAGGAUUGGAAGUUAACUGCCGACCACCAAGUCGUUUUAGAAGGCUCCUGGUAAAUUCUCCAGACGCCAACGACAGAGACCAAAUAGAAAAGCAAGGUACGAUGUUUGCUGGACCAAUUCAUCGGGGACUCUCUCGGGAUAAAGUAGCUCCCCAUCCUUAUCAUCGCGGGCAAGUUCAACCUAAAGAGUACGACAGAACCCCUAUUCCAGCCCGUGGCUGGAUAAUGGGCCAUGGCGAUGCUUCCUCUCCUACUACAUUUUACACCGACAAAGGGAUACCUGUGUCUGUAAUACGCCGAUUCAUGACGGAUCCUCCUUGCCCUGUGCAGUCUAGCCCUACCACUGUACAUGUCCAGCAGGGAUCACAAAGCGUUUCAAUCAAUGGGCAAAAACUGAGUGGUUUUGCACCUCACCAUUCUCAAUAUCGGCCUGGAUUUUAUUCUGCUGUGUGUCAGUGCUGUACAUCAGGAGCCAUGGACACAGAUAUGAGUUCUUGUGUUCACCAGACUGCAUCCUCAUUUCCGCAUUAUAGCUAUUAUCAGCCAAAUUAUCAGGUGGGUUACCUACAUCCCAGUAACCAGAACCAAGACUGGCAAAGCACAGAGUUACAGGAUACAAAGAAGAAUGAUGUUAACCUGGACACCGUCUUCCAAAUCGUUGAUGAGCUUCAGGCCUCCCCAAAGAUUCACAUGGUGAAAGUGGAGACGGCAGAGGAACAUUACCGUCCUGCCCUUCCUGCAGAGUCAGGUCCUGAGUGCACAGUCUACGGUUUGUCUGCCCAAGCCUCUUCUCAGGGUAAUGCUGGUGACUCAGUCAACAACGCUGGCAUGUCCAUUGCCAUGGAUUCUAACACAAUGGCUCCCUAUGCCCCUGUCCCAAUGGGUGGAAUCAUCAUGGCUAUGCCAGGGAAUGUGCCGUCGGGAAUUGCCUUCACUGUGGGUGGCACUGCUUCCAAUCUGCCAGAGGCUGCCUCAGAAGGAAGAACUGAGCAGAGGCCUUCCCUGCCAGAGCCUGCGGAAUCAACAUCCACUUAUGUCAACCAGGUGACUAGCAAUGCUGUGCACGAGGGGUCCUCUGACAAGGCACUGAAGAAUGAGGCAGACACCACCAUUAACCUGAGUGACAUUACAAUGUCUCAAGAGGGCAGAAGCUCCAGAAAGCAGAGCAAGUCACCUGAAACAUGGCGGUGCAACAUGGCGGACUCCGUGGAAGAGGAUCCGCUCCCAAUGUAGAUACAAAGGGCCAAAUGAAAUUAGGCUAAUGAAAACGCAACGAUUCAUAGUUACAG